UGAGCCAUCCAACCCGGAUGUUUGGCGGAAGCUGUCGGUUAGCAACAGCAGCAGCAGCGGCGGCGGGCUACGGGAUGCACGGACAGCUGUUACACUGAAAACGCCCCAAACACGACUUUAUCGACACGUUUGUCCAAACUGCCGCGGCAUGCGUAGCAGGCAGGAGAGCGUGCACCGCGCCUGAUCGAUCCGCCGAAGGUGAAACCAUCGAUUCUGCUGGUGGAAGGAGGUCGUGGGCGGUUUUCCCGAACUGUGGACGGAGUUUAAUAUGAGGUAUGAAAUGAAUCAUCAGAGUGAGAGCGGCUCAGCUGGAUGGAAGAGACAACAGAGAGCAGAAACACCGGUACCGCUGCUAAGCUAACAGGCUAAACAUCAGUAUGAAGAGGGUUUGAUAAACUUUAUCAACACUGCCACUCAGUGACAAUAACACAAGAAGCGCUGUCUUUCGGAUAACAUGGACUCACUGCUGGACUUUGAGGAGUGUGUAAGUGACUCACCUGACUUCAGACUGAAGCUGGAGCUGUUUGAGGCGGAUGUUUCUGUGGUAGAGACACAACUGGACAAGGUGAUGAAGCUGUGCGGUAAGAUGGUGGAGGCGGGACAAGCAUACAAUGCAGCCAAUCAGCUGUUCCUGACCGGCCUGGCUGAACUCUCCAUGUACCGCGAGAAGGACAGCAUCAUCACCAACUGUCUGAACCAGUUCAACCAGGGCCUGCAGGAGAUGGUUGGCUUUCACACUAUGCUGUUUGAUCAGACUCAGAGAGCCAUAAGCCAGCAGCUGAACAACCUCUGCACACAGUUCCUGCCCCAGCUGGUGGAGACCAGGAGGGAGUUUGUUCGCAUCGGGGAGGACCUGGAGACGGCAGCGGCGAAGAACGCUCAGGUGUCGCGCCACAAAGCAGGAGACGCCGAACGGGCGAGUCAUCUGCUGCUCGCCACACGCAAAUGUUCCCAACACUUCGCCCUGGACUACUGCCUGCAGCUCAACACCUUCAAGACUCAGCAGAGAAUCGACAUCCUAAACUCAGUGUUCUCUUUUGUCCGCGCUCAGUUCACCUUCUUCCACCAGGGCUUCGACCUGCUCCGGGACCUGGAGCCCACCAUGAAAACCAUGGCAGUGCAGCUGUCUCAGCUAUCAGCAGACUGCGCAGCUAAAAGAAAAGACCUGGAGAACACACACCUGCUGGUCCAGCAGAGAGAUGCCUCAGGAGAGCCAACAGCCAGCCCGUGUCCUGGCAGUGAUGACAUCAUCCAAGGUUACCUCUUCAAACGCUCCAGGAAGAAAUCCAAAACCUGGAAGAGAUGCUGGUUUUCCCUCAGAGACAAUCAGCUCAUUUACAGGAAGUCACACAAGGAGGAGAACGUGGUUCUGUUUGAGGAUCUCAGACUGUGUGCUGUCAAACCGAUGGAGAACAUCGACCGACGCUUCUGCUUCGAGCUGCUGUCUGUUCAGAAAUGCUGUGCUCUGCAGGCGGACUCGGAGCAGCUGAAGCAGGCCUGGCUCAGCGCUCUGCAGGGCAGCAUCGACCUGGCCUACAGAGAGCGAGCCGACGCCCAGCUCACUCAGCCUAAAGAGCCCCCCCCUGUCCCGUGUGGUGGAGACUCCUCCACGGGUCCCCCCCCUCAGAGGCCUCCAGCGCUGGCCGUGGCCCUCAGGGGCCCCGGGAACAACCUGUGCUGUGACUGUGGGGAGGAGGAGCCUCGCUGGGCCUCCAUCAACCUGGGAGUCACCAUGUGUAUCGAGUGCUCCGGGAUACACAGGAGCCUGGGAGUCCACCUGUCCAAGGUGAGAUCCCUCACUCUGGACUCAUGGGAGGCUGAACAGCUGAAGCUGCUGUGUGUGCUGGGGAAUAACGUCAUGAAUCGGAUCUAUGAAGCACGAUGUUCAGAGGAUGGACGAGUUAAACCCAGAGCCGACAGCAUGCGAGCAGAGAAAGAGACGUGGAUCAGAGAGAAAUACGUGGAGAAGAGAUUCGUGCGGAGCAGCAGCUCGGAGCGAGCGAGUGGAGAGAGGGAGAGUGUCGGGCUGCGUCUCUAUCGGGCUGCGAUGGCGGGAGACCUGGUUGCCAUGGCAGCAGCGUUGGCGCAGGGGGCGGAGGUCAAUGGGAGCAUCAGUGAAGAGGAGGGACGCACGGCGCUGAUAGGAGCUGCCAUCGGGGGGUCGCUGUUGGCCUGCGAGUUCCUGCUGCUGAAUGGUGCAAACGUCAACCACCGGGACUUGAGAGGACAGGGAGCGCUGCACGCUGCUGCCACUGCUGGUCACACCGGACAGGUGUGUCUGCUGUUGAAGAGAGGAGCCAAUCAGUACGCUGUGGACGAGAGAGGACAGGAUCCAUUGGCCAUCGCCGUGGAAACCGCCCACGCUGACAUCGUCACACUGCUGCGGAUGGCGAGGAUGAACGAGGAGAUGAGAGAUUCAGAGGGCGUCUUCGGAGCUGUGGGAGACGACGAGACAUUUCAGGACAUCUUCCGGGACUUCAGCGACAUGGCGUCACACGACCCUGAGAGGCUAAGCAGACGGCAGUUCAGCCGCCAAGGAGGGGAGGAGGAGCAGGAGGAGGAGAAGGAGAAAUGUUGAACAGCCAUCGCAGUGUUGAAAAGAUGUCAGAAUGACAGAAACUGAGACUGGAAGCCGUCGGACUGCAGGACCUGAUGGGUUACAGUUAGCUGCGCUAACCGUCUGGCCAGUCACUUUAACGUUUAAAACAGCUGAUGUCUAAAACUGUACUGAAUACAUAGCAUCUAAACAGUGUAGUAUAUUCUUAUAUUAAGUUUAAAAGUACACAUUUACUUCACAGUUACUGUGGUUGGAAAAUGUGACCUGUGAUCGAGGAGGAAAUGCAGCUGAUUUUUAUUUCUGUUAUCAUCUGCAGAUUAUUUUCUCCACUAACUUGUUUGUUUGGUCCUAAAAAUAUCAGUAAAUAUUGAAAAAUAACUUUGUUACUAUGCGGUCCAGAAGUCACAAAUUACUCACUAAUUACUAACUCACAAAUCAAGUUCAGAGCUGUCAGCAGGCUUAUGUUUAGACAGGGCCAGGCUAGCUGUUUCCCUCUACAGCCAGUCUACAUGCUAAGCUAGGCUAACUGUGUCCCAACUCAUACAAAGCCAGUAAGUGUAUUUUCUAAAAAGCGGAACUAUUCCUUUAAUAACAGAUAACAGUAAACAGCUUACCUUCUUAAUGUGCUAGUUGUUGUUAGCAUGUUAGCAGUCCAUGAGGAUCACGGAACAGGAAGUGAACACAAUGGUAGUCACCUGUUAACAGGUGUGAUGAUGUCAUCAUGUAUACAAAUUUUAGAAUAUGAAUAACUCAGGUCAGUAGCUGUUGUGACGCUCAGGUCAGAGGUCACUUCCUGUCUGUAUUUGGUCAACACUCUGACUUGUAAAUCAAGUGUGUUUGUCCAGGGACAUUUCAUGUUUUUAAAACUUUUCUACAUGUUUUGCUGUUUUGUUGUUGUUUGUGUUGAAAAAGGGAUUUAAUGUGACAGACUGAAGCGAUUGUUACUUAAGGAUUUCAGACACUUUAUGGACGAGCUUUACAGCUACAGACGUGUUCCAGUUUGGUGCGAGGUUGAAAUAUUUCUGAAUGAAGACCAAAGCGGACCAGCAGACUUAAAACAUCACGUCCUGUUUACACUGACAGCAUUUCUUCACCUUUUUCUGUCCCGAGUUCAUGUUUCAUUCCAGACUGUUACCAAUACGAUGCUACUGCUUAAUAAAACCACUGAGUAAAAGUUAA